AAGAUUUAACAUUUAACAAUAUUUGAGAAAUGAUUGUCAAGUGAACAACGUAAACAUAAAUCUUUGUAAAUUUUAUCACAAUAAAAUAGUCAUGACUAAUCGUAAUCCUAACACUCUCAUGAGUGUUCCAGAUGAACAAUUUGAUUAUUUAUUUAAAAUAGUUCUUAUCGGUGACUGUGGCACGGGUAAAACAUGUAUUGUGCAACGAUUGAAAUCCGGUAAUUUCAUAGAAAGACACGGUAAUACAAUAGGCGUAGACUUUUCAAUGAAAACUUUGAUAGUGGACGGAAAGAAGGUCAAGCUUCAGAUAUGGGACACUGCUGGACAGGAAAGAUUUAGAACGAUAACACAAAGUUAUUAUCGGUCUGCGAAUGGAGUAAUUAUAGUGUACGAUAUUACUAAGAGAUCAACAUUUCUAUCUUUGCAAAAGUGGAUUGAAGAAGUUAGAAGAUACACAUCAUCCAAUGUUAUAGUUUCAUUAAUUGGAAACAAGUGUGAUUUGACUGAUCAACGUGAAGUUGAGCCAGAUGAGCCAAAGUCAUUUUGUCGCUAUAUCCCUGAAAUUAUGUUUGUGAUGGAGACUUCAGCUAAAGAUAACACAAAUGUUGAGGAUACUUUUCGCAGUUUAGCAACUGAACUGAAGCGGCAACAUGAUAAUAGUGAAGGCCCGCCAGCUGAAUCAGAUUCAGUUGUGCUUGGUGAAAGUCAUCCAGUAAGUAGGUGCCAGCCUUGUAGAUCUUCUUAGAUUAUAUAGAUUAAUAGAAAAUAUGCCAUUUGUUCAUAAUUUUUUAUUAGCGGCCUGUAUAACACCAAAUAUAUUUUUAUUCUGCCAUUAAUUUUUGGCUAUGAUGAUAUAAAUAUUUGUCACAAAUCACUGGUUAAACUCUUUAUUAUAAUGAAUUAUGUACCAAGUAUGGUGCUGUUAAAUAUAGGUGCUUAAAUGAAUCUCUAUUUUUGUCUAUAAUUUUGAUUAUGACUAAUGAAAAAUCACAUAUUUUUGUGACAAAA